AUGUGUUACUGCAGAGCCGAACGGCGCGAGAUGGAAACUGAGGACAGACGCAGCAGGGCAGUUUCUAUGCAGCUGCAUCAGCUGACGUAUGAACAGCCUCAUAUGGCUUGGGAGGACUCCUGUGCGCAGUGGCAGAGAAAGCUCAUGAAGGAGCAGCGUCAACGAAUGCUGCUAAUGCACCGAUCCCUCUUGUUGGUGUCUCUCUUAGACAAGUGGGUGGAGAGAAGCAAGGAUGCGCUGCAGCGGCACGGCCUUGCACUUCUCAAGAAAGCCUUCCAGGCAGCAGCAGCCGCACAGAGACGGCACCAGGCUGCUGCGCUGCUGCAGCGCACCUGGAGGAGCAGCUGCUUGAGGGCCCUUGCAAAGCAAACUAUGAGGGAGCUACGUGUACAGCACGCAGCAAGGCAACUGGCUGCCGCCUUGGAGUGUUGGCAUUCGUCAGCUCGACAGCGGCUGGCCAGAGGGGCCCUCCAGCAGCUGCAGCAACACGCAGCAAACCUUAAGGCCCUCUCAUCUGGGGCAGUAACGGCAAUUGCAGCAGCCUGGAGGGGGUACGCGGCGAGGAAGGCUUUCAGGGUGCAGCGCGCCUUGAGGGUGUUCCUGUUGCCACAAAAUAAAGUCUAUAGAUGCCGCCUGGAGAAGCUGCAAGCCAUCUGGCGAGGAGGCAUCACAAGGCAGCAACUGCGGAAAAGGGGUCUGAGGUUGCCCUGCGACAAGGAAAAGCAUCUUUAUGCCACGAAGAUACAGACCGUCCUGCUGGGGGCAGAAAGACACGAAGCGUCGGCGGCAGUUGGUACAGGGAGAGAAGUGGGGCCAGCAGUGGAGACCACAGCAGCAGACCAUAGUACAGGGCCCCCCCUUGCCUUACGAUGA